ACACCUCUAAAAGAAAAUGUUGUGUUGUGAAAACGCUGUUUUUCCCCUGCUGGCGAUCUAGUUUUGGCCAAAACGGAAGUGCUAACAGUGCGGGCGAAAUAAUGCCGAUUGAGUGAGGCUAAAACACUAAACGGGCAGAGCGACCGCGCCGCGUGCGGCCCGCUCCUGCAUUUGUGUGUGUAUCAUGGACAAGCUACGAAACAACAACAAGGAGAAUGCACCCAUUGAGUACCCCUACCCGCAGCCACCACCCCCCGGCCAUCACCCCAGCUCCGCUGACGCCUCCACUCCGCUGGAGGGCUGCGAGGAUGCGGAGAGCAAUAAGAGCACGCCCUACUUCACGCCUCUCGAGUUCCUGCAGACCUCCUUUGAGUUUCCCUCGCCCACAGGUGAUGGCGGCGGUGGAAUUCUGGGUAUACCCGAGUCGUCAGCUGAGGAAGAGGACUCGGCGCGGGCCUACACUCCCAAGCAGUUCACCGUCGCCAGUCCUCACCUGCCCCUAGUCCACCAGCACUCCCAUCCACACCCACUUCCAGCCAGUUCGCAGUCCCCCACUUUGAGCCGCAAGUUCAAGCGGUUCUCGCUGUACGACCGCCGAUCCUGCUCGCCGCACAUCAGCAGCUCCGGUGCUGAGGAGCGGGGCAGCGGGGGGCGUGGCACCGACAAGGAGAACACCAUUCCCAAAGGCGGAGGCACCUGCGACGACCAGGACCUGGAAAACACAUUGUACUUGUCGAAAAGCGAACACAACUCUCCCACCAUAAUCUUCAAAGACGAAUCGUCGACGACGCCGGGCCUAGAGGCCAGUCGCCUGACCUAUUCCCCAAAACUGCUCUCCUCCAUAAACAAUCUCAACGUGUCCGGCUCCCCUCUGAACAUCAUCAACUCGGCUGGCUACAAGAACGGUAACUUCUUCCGCUUCCCGGAGAUCGAUCAUGUGGUGCCGGAGGCGCAUAUGGAAACAACCGUCUUUGAGGAGACUCAGCGUCGGGACAGGAGUCCAGCGAUCACCGAACCACCGGUGGAGCAGCAGCAGCAACAGAUACAGCAGAAGUCCGAGGGCCGCAAGAAUCGCAAGAAUAAGAACAAUCUCACCAUUCGGAUCACGGAUGUACCUAUUAGAAACUCGAGCCAGGCUUCGCCGUUGCCCAAGCCCAAGACGCCGACCAUCAAGAGCACCAAGGAGAAGGCCCGCUCUCUAGACUCAGCGGCCAAUGAGUCGGAGCUGUCGAUCGUUGUGCACAACAUAACCGAAUCUCAUGGUAGUUGCGAUGACAUGGAAACGGGGGCCCAUGGCCAAUUGAAGCCAUCCGCAGGCGUUAUCCAUCACAACCACCAUCAUCUUCAGCAGCCCACUUCCGCAAUCCAUUCGACAUCGCUCUCGCGGCUCGAUAGCCACCUGAGUCUGGCCAACCAGCGGCGCACGCCGCGCCGGAAGUCGCCGGGCAUCAACACCUCCGACUGGCUGAUGUACCACCGCAAGCAGAACCCAUAUCAGGUGCCAACGCCGCAUUGCAGCAGCACAGCCCAGAGCUCCUUGGAUUCGGAGGCCAGUCUGACCCCCAGCUUGGGUGAAACGGAGCUUAAGUCCGCCUGCAGCGUGGACAGCAGCACUAAGUUUGGAUUGGGCGCCAAUCUUGCGCCGAGGAGCGCCCACAAGCACAAUCAGCUGCUGCAUUCGUCCAGCACGAACUUGAAGACGUUGCCUGAGUGCCUCACUCUGGUCGAGUUCUCCUCCUCCUCUGGCGGAGGCAGCGGUCCGAAGGAAUCUCCCUUCAAGCAGAAGUCCAUGGACUUGCCGAUGCCCACACUGCAGAGCAAGGCCGCCGUCACCACGUCAUCGAUGAAUCUGCUGCAGCGCCGAGGUUCCAACCACAGCCUUACUCUCAACCUGCACAGCUCCUGCGGCAACCUGAUGAACAGCGGCCUAAGCCUGUCCAACUACAGUCUGGGAUCUAUACUCAACUCCAAGUCCAGCUGCAAUCUGGAUGCUGGAACGGCCAACCCAAUAAGAUCGGAUCAGAACCAGCAGACACAUUUGUUGGCCAGCAGCCAGGGCAGCCGCCAGGGUUUGUUCAGGAGGCGAGGAUCCAAUCACAGCAUAACCUUAAAGGCUGGACACACGACAACCUCAUGCGGGGACUUGAACUCCAUGCAGCAGCAGCAGGCGAUGCUGACGGCGGAAAAGUACAAUCGGCUGGGCAUGCGGACAAACUCCACAGGCUCGGGCUCGGGGUCAGGUUCGAAUGUGCCUACUCCAAAGAGAGGAUUGCUGGAACGACGUGGAUCCAAUCAGAGUCUUACCCUCAACAUGGGCAGCAUACUGGGCGUUGGAGCAAGCACAGAGAUCCAGAUCCAGGAUAUGGGGCAACCAAAGGUUACCGUUUGUAGUUGUGCCGCAGCCAACCAGGCGCCGCAUCAGCGCAAGUUUUUUAGUACAGAGAACCUGAACAGCAGCAAGGCCGUCAGCCAGCAGUUCUUCGGCCAGGUAAGCUAUGGCUCUGCCUCUGACCUGCAGCCCAAUCCUCAGCAGGAGUCGACGGGAGCGGAUCAGGGCAUUGGGGCCACUUGCACCUGUGCCGGAACCGUGCGCAACAUUAUGACGCGACCCCUGUCGCCGCAGACGACCAGCGAGGAGUUCAAGAUCUACUUGGCCAGCAUCCAGAUGCUGCAGAGCGCCUCCAACCCGCUCAACCAGUUCGACUUGAUCCGUCUGAACUACGUCUUCGAUCACAGCUACCAGACAAACAGGAGCAUUAUCGAGCAGCCGCCCAUACUGGGUGCCAACGGACGGGACUUGGAAACGCCCACCGACGUGGUGGCGCCAAGCUCGGAGGAUAGUGAACUGCUCGCCUGCUACCAGGCGGUGGUUAAAAGGAUUGUGCACUCGUUGCCCCAACUGGAAGAAUCGGAGCAGAAGCGUAUCUUUCGGGACCUGCACAAGGAGUUCUGGGAUCUGCCACUCAAUCACCAGGAGAAGCCCAUGGUCUUUGGUUCUCAGACAAAGAAUCGUUAUAAGACGAUCCUGCCUAACGAGCACUCCCGCGUGCUGCUCGAAACUGAGUCCAGCGAACUGAUUGGCCUUCAAGAGGAGGUCCAGAGGUCCGGCUCCUCCGACGACAUGCCCUACAUCAAUGCCAAUUACAUAAAGGGACCCGACUACGUGUCCAAGUGCUAUGUGGCCACCCAGGGACCGCUGCCCAACACAAUCUUCGAGUUCUGGCUGAUGAUCUACCAAAACACUCAGCGUUACAUCCGUCGGUGCAUCGAUGGCGGGAGCAGCAGCAGUCCGCAUAUGGACCGGGCGCAGGUCCUCCAGCAGUACUUCCAGAAGAUCGUCAUGCUCACCAACUUUACGGAAGCGAAUCGACAAAAAUGCGCCAUCUAUUUUCCCAUCGAGCUAAACGAAAUAUUCGCGGUGGCCGCCAAGUGCGAGGUAUUCCAGCUGAGCGUGGCUGCCCGGGAAUAUUUCGAUCGGCAUUUGACGCCCACAUUUGUGCCGGACACAGUGGUGCCGUCUUCUACGACGGAUGCUAAUUAUGACGAGCUAGGUGGCCGGCACAUUGGCGUGGAGUCGGUGAAGGUGACGCUGGAAGCUGAUCUGCUUGAGGCCCUGCCCGCCCAGACCAGCUUCUUUUUGGUCAAGAACGUGGGUAUUGUACGCCGAAAUGGCUAUUCCGUGAGGAAGCUCGUUCUUCUUUACUGCAUCCACGUGCCGCAAAGUGCGAGCUAUCACCUGCAGAAGAUAUGUUGCUACCACUACUGGUAUCCGGACUGGCCGGACCACCAUUCGCCGCGGGACAUCAACACGCUGCUGGACACUUGCCUGCAUGUCCUGAACCUGGGCAAGUGCGAGUCGGAGUUUGAUAACUACGAUGAGAGCCGGAACGUAAGGAAUGCCCACUUGGCGGCUCAGCGUCUUGAGAUCUACCAGCAGGACAUCUUUAAUGCGGUGCAGCCACUGCCCGUGAUCCAUUGCUCGGCUGGGAUAGGACGCACUGGUUGCUUCACGGCCAUUCUGAACGCAGUGCGGCAGUUGCGGCAAUCGCUGGCCUACUCACUGACGGGAAUGCUCACCAAAUCGUUGACCAGCAGCACGGCAGAGGAGUUCCAGUUCCCGUCGGACAGUGACAGCAGCUUCACCUGCAACACCAUAAGGCACAUUAAGCACAUUCUGGGUCACCAGGAAUCUGAGACGGAGGAGGAGGCGCUUGAGACGCCACCAUCCUUCGAUAGGCUGCCCAAGAUGCCGGACAUAUUCGUGGACGUGCUGGGCAUAGUGUGUAACCUGCGCCUUCAGCGGGGCGGCAUGGUACAGAACUCUGAGCAAUACGAGCUGAUCCAUCGCUCCAUCUGUCUCUACCUAAAGCGCACGCUGGCCUUGCGGCGAUUUUAAGCGAUGACGAACGAGAAAUGCAAGAACAAACACCAAUUUACCAAUUUUUGUGAACCCUAUUUUAAUGAAAGCAACCCCGACAAGCAAAUAGCAACCAUAAGUAACCAUGGCUAAAAGAGUCUCGAAACACUUACAUAGGAUGACAUUUUUCGAACGAAAGAACCCCAAUUCGACGAGAUGCUCUCAUUGUUUGCUAAAUAUUACUAUUACCGCAUAUUCUAUAUAUAUAUAUACAUAUAAAUGUUAAUAAGUGUUGGAUGUAUGUGUGUGUUAAGUGUGUGCAUGUAACGUGUACAUAAGUGUAAAUGUUUCCGACUUUUGGUGUGAACUAUGCUUAAACUAAAGUUAAUUAACAAUUAUUAUAUACCAUACCUUACCCUACCUUACCAUACCAUACCAUACCUUACCUAAUACCAAAGACCUUAUAAUAACGAGAUGAGUAACGCCAUUCAGAUGUUAGGGUCUUACGCAUCCUAUUGUUAUAAAGUCGUGACUUAUAAUAAUACCAAAGCCAUACCCGGAAGGAACCCCCACUUCUUGGAGCUCGAGAGCCGUGCGGCCACGCCCCUCGGUGAGUUGGCUACCCGGCUUGGCGGCGGGGAAAGCUCAAACCUUUUUUAAGUUGGAACCCCCACACAGGGAUCCAUCUGACUAAAACACCAAUUUCCCCAAAACCCAAGCGGCCAGCUCCGACCAUCGGACGUUGGCCAAAGUUUACGGAACGAGAGUUCUCAUCUUAGAAAUACAAGAGGAAAACUCGAAAUGGAAACACAAACCAUAAACGAACAACUUGUAUUAAUGUUUAUGCAAUGAAACUAGUCAAAUAAAACUUAGAAUCAUUUUAAAUGUAACUUU